AUGACCUGCUGCAACUCGUCGCACACACCCUCUUUCCCUCUGCCGCACAACCAGCCCCACCUCCCUUUCCCCCUGCCGCCUGCCUCACCUCGUAGAGCGCGGCCUCUACUGUCGCGCGCCCUAUCUGCCCUCGUGGCGUGCCCUACCCUUCCUCCUAUAAGCCUCUCUCGACUCCUCUCCCCUCUAUCAAGACCCUUCUCCACCCAAUCCGCCCCUUCACCCUCCUCCUCUUCUCCCCCCCUCCUAUUCCCCCCAUCAUCACCCUUUCCUCUGCCUCUAUCCUCUUCCCAUAUGCUCAUCUCCGCACAUCCUUCUCCUCUCCCUCCUUCUGCUCCUGCUUCCCCACCCUCUCCCUCACCACCUCCUUCUGCUACCCUUCCUUCCUCCACCUUCUCCUCGUCUCACCCGCUCCAUGAUCUGUGCAAUGUCCAACUCUGCUCACUUUAA